AUGCAGUUUUCCGCGGAGACCAAACUUCCCGACGACAGCACACAGAGCGGUCCCCAGCGCCUCGUUUCUCGACGACACUUCCUCUCUUCUCUCUCCCCUCUGGUUCUUCCGGUCUUUCUUCUUUCCCUCCCCUUUGCCGCGCAGUGCAGACUGCCUCCCGCCGUCACGCCGCUCACUCCGAAGGACCUCGCGUGGAGCCCUAGCUCUCCGUUCGCCGCGCAGCUGAACUCAUCGCGUCUCUCGUCUCGGGGGCCGGCACCUGCUGCGAGACGGACCUCUGCUGAAGGCACCCGGAGCUCUGCUGAAGACACCCGGAGCGUCUCGCCGCGCUUCACGUUGCUGCCGCUUUUCUCUGCGCCGCCGCCGGCGUUUCUCGUCUCUCCCACGCGCGUCGCCUCGUCACGUUGGGUGCGCCCAGCUCACGCCCGCGCUGGGCUGUCCUGUCUCCACUUCGUCUCCGCCGCGCCUCGGUUUGCCUGUCUGUCCCUUUCGGCCUCGGCGACCCGCGCGUCGGGGUCUCCUCAAGCCCCGCUGGAGCUCUCUGCUUCGCGUCGAGUCUCCGCGCGCCUGGAGAGCCUGACUCUCGCGGCCUCUGCGGCCGGAUCCGCCGCCUCCUUCGCCGCCUCCUCUUCCGCGCCCUCAGCUGAUCCGCCUGAGAAGGGCUGGCGCGUCUUUCCUGACUGGCUGCUCGGCGAGUGGGCGCUGCGCGCGCUGCUGUAUGCGUCGCCUUGCGCGACGACUCCCUCGCGCCCGAGGCCUUCCAGCGCGGCGUUCGGGGGGACUUGCGGGGCGUUUCCUGCGGCUUCUCUCGCCCCGUCCGCCUCUCGGGAUUCGCAGUCCCCAGCCGCAGAAGGGCGCGAUGUGGAAAGCGGAGGAGCCGAAGGAGAUGUCUGGGAGGCGAGGGUGCUGAAGUCCGCCGCCGUAGAGACGAUCCAGAGGGGCGAGGCGCCUGGGCGUUGCUCUCGCGCCGCCGCGCUUCGCGAGGCAGAUCUGCGCGUUUUGAGGGCCUUGCGCGCGUCUCUGGAGCUCCCUCGCGAUCUCGCGUCUGCGGCAUCCGUCUCAGCGCCCGGCCUUGAUUCGUCGGCUUCAUCCAACCUUCCUCUCGUCUCGCCUGUCCCCCGUCGCGCUCGCCUGACGCCCGCGCAGCUUUCCGCUGUGGCGCGCGUCGUCGCGUAUCUCAGGCUGCGCCUCCUGCCCGCGGGUCGCGUCGAUCUCUUGGGUCCGCCGGCGAGUCGCCUGGCGCCUGCGGAGGCGCGCGGCGCCGCAGAAGACGAUCCCGGUGGAGGACAGGCACUGAGGGCCGCAGAAGAAGACAGAACUCGGCAAGAGACAGAGGGCGAGUCUGAUAAAAGGCGCGAGCAGCUGCAGGGCCCUUCUCCGGCCGCCGACGCAGAACGCUUGGGGCCCGGGACUGGGGCGCCCUCUGCCUCCAGCGAGGCCCUCCGCGCGGUGCCACUGCACUGGCGCUUCACCCCUGCGACGCGGCGCCUCGUCGUCGAAAUCGCUCUCCUUCCCUGUCUCCUGGUCCUGCGGAUGUCGUGGACGACGACGUGGGGCCAGGCGCUCUCGAGGACCGACCUCGAGCGCGCCGCCCGCGCGUGCCUCUGCAGCCUCCCCCGUCACGCCGCCGCGGAGCUGCAGGACGCGGGAGACCUGCUCAGGAGCUUGGACGAGGGCGACAAACUGCAGCUCGCCGCGGCGCUCGCAGGCGGCCUCCGUGGGCGCGGCACGUUGUCCGUCAGGAGUCUCGUCGCCGACGAAGGCAGCGAUGUCGAAGAGGAAGAGCUGAAGGCGUGGAAGGUGCAGAAGCCAGCCGCCGCGCCCUGCGACGUGAGCGAGGACGUGCCGUGUCGUUUGUCGGGUGCGGCAAAGAACGGCAAAGACGCGAAAACCGACGAGCGCGAAGACGCUAGCAGACUCAAACGCGGGCUCUGUCUCCUCAACCAGCUCCUCAUGCGGCCGCCGUCGCAACGCGCACCUCCGCGUCGCUCUGUCGCCUCCGUCGCCGUGGGCGAGGUGUACGUACACCUGACGAAGCCGACGAGCGGCAGCGCCACCGUGCGUAGGCGGUCUGUGUUGCUUCCGAAGCGCGGCGCGCUGCGGCUCCGCACCGGCGCUGAGCGCCACGCUUUUCUGCAGGACUUUCGGCUCCUCCAGCAUGUUCAGAAAAGGUUUUUCGAGGCUGGGUUCGAUGUCGGGGGUGGGUGUAGUGAUCAUGGGGUGCGGGGGAGCGAAACGCUCACGCCGGCGCCGCUGAAAGCUGCGGAGAAGGAAAGGCAACAGGAUGGAGUAGGCGAGGCAGCAUCCGUAGAGGCAUGUCCGGUUGAAGGAGAGCGAGGCGCGGCCAGGUCGCAGAGGGAGGGCUUACAGGCAGGACAGUCGAGGCUGAAUGGUGGCUCGCCGCACGGAGCGCAAGACGCAACUCAGAGAGGGUCCGCGUCAAACGGCCGCAGCCCCUUACACUGUGAUGCAGCGGGUGAAGCCAACAACUCACAGACCCAAGAGGGGAGGGCAGGCAGCAGCGCGUCGUACGACGAUGCGUCAGCGAUGAACGACGGCCCUCGAGGGACGAUUGAUGUACGGGCGUUAGAGAAUGUAUUUCAACAGAGGGAAAAGUACAUUCGGUCGCUCCUCCACGGCUGUAGCAGAGGCGGACGAGUGCGGCAGUCUGCAGACUCACGCGGUCGCGCCAUUCCCGUGGUUGGGGUCGCAGUAAACGCGAAACUCGUCGGAUGGACGCUGCCCUUGCCUUCUACCACGCGAGCGGCUCCCGCCACUCCUGCGGCAUACGGUUGCGGAGGAACGUUGACAGACGAAGGGAAAGAUGAGUCUGCAGAAACGAGAGAGGACGAGAAGGCGCGCGCAAUCGCUGCGGCGCGGCUGCACUGGAGAGUUUGCCGACGACUGGGAAGUGGUGUUUGGACACUCGAGCGAGUGUUGUACGUACGCUCGAGUAGACUUGUGAAUUUCAUUAUGAAGAGGGAGCAAAAAGGUGUAGCCCACAGUAAGCCUGAACAACCCUUCAGUCUCGCGAGAGCAGGCAUCCCAGGACGGGGCACUGCCGAGUAG